GGAUUCAGACAGGCCAUGAUGAUGGUCUUUGCUGUUGAUGAGAUCAACAGAAACUCCAACCUGCUACCAAAUAUAACUCUGGGAUACAGUCUGUAUGACAACUGUGGUGCACUUUUUAUCGGAUUUCGUGCUGCUUUGGUGCUGGCCAGUGGUCAAGAGGAGCAGUUUCUGCUUCAGGAGAACUGUUUAGGGACCCCUCCAGUUGUGGGGAUUGUGGGUGAUUCCUACUCAACAUUUUCUAUUGCCACCUCCAAUGUGUUAGGUUUAUUCAGAUUGCCUAUGGUGAGUCAUUUUGCCACAUGUUCCUGCCUGAGUGAUCGGCAACGGUUUCCAUCCUUCUUUAGAACAAUUCCAAGUGAUGCUUUUCAGGUGCGUGCUAUGAUUCAGAUUCUAAAACGCUUUGGCUGGACUUGGGUAGGUCUGCUGAUCAGUGAUGACGAUUAUGGAGUACAUGUUGGCCGAUCCUUCCAGUCUGACUUGACUAACUCAGGUGGAGGUUGUCUCGCCUACACAGAGAUUUUGCCUUGGAGCAAUGACCCAGCUGAACUUAGGAGAAUUGUGGAUGUGAUGAAGAAAUCAACAGCUCGUGUGGUCAUGGUGUUUGCACAUGAAAUCCACAUUUAUAAACUAGUGGAGGAGGUGGUGAGGCAGAAUGUGACAGGCCUGCAGUGGCUGGCCAGUGAAGCCUGGACAUCAGUUGAUGUGCUCCAGACGCCCGACUUCAUGCCGUACCUGGCUGGAACACUGGGCAUUGCCAUCCGUCGGGGAGAAAUAGCAGGAUACAAGGACUUCCUCUUAAGAAUACACCCCGACCAACACCACAACAACUAUGGAAAUAGUAUUGUAAAUCAGUUUUGGGAAGAUAUAUUUCAGUGUAGAUUUUCUCCACCUCCAGUAGAUUGGGUGGAAGCUGGAGGAGCAUUAUGCACUGGACAGGAAGAUCUACAUAAAGUGGAUAGUGAGCUGUUUGAUGUUUCUAAUCUCAGACCGGAGUACAAUAUUUACAAGGCUGUGUAUGCUCUGGCGUACGCCCUUGAUGACAUGCUGCACUGUGAGCCAGGGAGAGGGCCUUUCAGUGGCCACAGCUGUACGAGUUUACAAAGACUGGAGCUAUGGCAGCUGGUGUAUUAUUUGGAUAGAGUAAACUUCACCACACCAGUUGGGGAUCAAGUGUCAUUUGAUGCAAAUGGCGAUGCCUUGCCAAUAUAUGAUGUCAUGAACUGGCUGUGGCUCCCAGAUGGCACACCAAAGAUUCAGAAUGUGGGUGAAGUUAAAGAGUCGCCCAAAGGUGAAGAACUCACACUUCAUGAGGACAAAAUUUUCUGGAACUUUGAAUCUAAACAGCCACCCAGGUCAAUCUGCAGUGAGAGCUGCCCACCAGGUACUCGGAUGGCCAGAAAGAAGGGGCAACCUGUGUGCUGUUUUGACUGCAUCCAAUGUUCUGAGGGAAAGAUCAGCAAUGAAACAGACUCCAUGGAGUGCACAAGUUGUCCAGAGGAUUUCUGGUCCAACCCCCAACAUGACCAAUGUGUUCCCAAGAAAACAGAGUUCCUCUCCUACCAUGAGCCUCUGGGAAUCUGCUUGACAGCCACCUCAUUGCUGGGCACAUUUAUCUGUGCUGUUAUCCUGGGCGUCUUCAUCUAUCAUCGCAGCACACCCAUGGUGCGUGCCAACAAUUCAGAACUCAGUUUCCUUCUUUUGGUGUCACUUAAACUAUGUUUCCUGUGUUCACUGCUGUUCAUUGGACGACCCAGACUGUGGACAUGUCAGCUGAGACAUGCAGCAUUCGGCAUUAGCUUUGUUCUUUGUGUUUCAUGCAUCCUGGUUAAAACCAUGGUGGUUCUGGCUGUGUUCAAGGCCUCUAAGCCAGGAGGUGGAGCCAGUCUGAAGUGGUUUGGUGCUGUGCAGCAGAGAGGGACAGUUCUGGUUCUUACUUCUGUUCAAGCAGCAAUCUGUACUGCCUGGCUUGUCUCUGCCUCACCAGCGCCUAAUAAAAACACUCAAUACCACAAUGACAAGAUAGUUUAUGAGUGUGUAGUUGGGUCCACAAUUGGUUUUGCAGUGUUAUUGGGCUACAUUGGCUUACUGGCUAUCCUCAGCUUCCUGUUAGCUUUUCUAGCAAGGAAUCUUCCAGACAACUUCAAUGAGGCCAAAUUCAUCACUUUCAGCAUGCUGAUCUUCUGUGCUGUGUGGGUGGCCUUUAUCCCUGCUUAUGUCAAUUCCCCAGGCAAAUAUGCAGAUGCAGUGGAGGUAUUUGCCAUCCUGGCCUCCAGUUUUGGCCUCUUGGUGGCGCUGUUUGGACCCAAAUGUUACAUAAUCCUCCUGAGACCAGAGAGGAAUACAAAGAAAGCUAUUAUGGGUCGAGGAACUACAAAGUGA